AUGGAGAAACCAGUCACUGGGGAUGAGCCCACCGCGGCGUCUCCCAUCUAUCGCAAGGAUGGUCGAGCCCUUGGCGUGGUGUUCAAAGACCUCACUGUCUUGGGGGUUGCCAGCGGGGUCAACGGGAUCAUGACUCUGCCAGCGAUAGUGAGCAAGGUUGUGCAAUGGCCUGUCAAAGCCAUACAACACGCGACUGGCAAGCAUUCUACCCCAACGAGCAAGCUCAUUCGCGAUGUCAGUGGCGUGAUCUUUCCGGGGGAGUCGAUGCUCGUGCUGGGACGGCCGGGCGCCGGGUGCACCACCCUGCUGAAGACUCUAGCCAACAGCCACGGCUCGUUUGUUGAAGUCCAAGGCCAGCUGCAGUAUGCUGCGCUCUCCAAAGAGGAGAUGGCACGUCGUUACCGAUCCGAGACAGUGUACGCUAGCGAGGAAGACUUCCAUUUCCCUACUCUGUCCGUCAAAAACACCAUGAGCUUUGCCUUCCAGCUGCGCAAGCCCGCGACCGAAGCUCGGUCGGACUCUGAGUUUGCCCACCAGAUGACCGAGGCUUCCUUGAAGGCUGUCGGACUGUCUCACACUGCCAACACGAUCGUGGGCAAUUCGUUCGUGAGAGGUGUUUCCGGCGGAGAGCGCAAGCGGGUGACUUUGAUUGAAGCCCUAUCGGUCAACCCUACCUUCGCGGCCUGGGACAAUCCCACCCGGGGCUUGGACAGCUCCUCCGCCACUGAAUUCGUCCAGCUCAUCACUUCCCUCGCUGCGCAAUCUGGCAUGAGUAAUGCUGUGUCCAUGUACCAAGUGUCUGAGACCAUCUAUGAAUGUUUUGAUCGGGUCACGGUGCUGUACGGCGGCCGGCUGAUCUUCUGCGGCCGCGCCGAGCGAGCCAAAGACUACUUCCUGAGACUGGGCUUCGAGUGUCGCGAUCGCCAGACUAUCCCGGAUUUCCUGACCGCCGUCACCUCCCCCGCGGAGCGUCUUAUUCUAAAAGAUGCAGCGGGGCCGGUGCCCACCGAUCCGGAUGGCCUCGCCGCCGCAUUUCGUGAGAGCGCGGAGUAUCGUCAGCUGCAAGAGGAUAUCGUUCGGUAUCAGGCGGAAGUAGCCAGCGAUGGCCAACGGGUCCAGGCCUUCCGGGACGACGUGCACCAGAUCCGUUCGUCUUGGGUGCCACGCCAGGCGAUUGCCCCGAGCACGCUGGCCAAGCAGAUCUGGGUUGCCAUGCGUCGAUAUUACCAGCUGCUGUGGGGCGAUAAGUGGACUUUUCUGACCCUGGUGGCCUUUGUCGCCCUCAACGCGGUGAUCAACGGUCCGGCCUACUACAAGGCUCCCAAAGAUGUCACCGGCACGUAUGAGAAGAGCAGUGCCUUGUUCUUCUCUCUGAUCUACUUCUAUCUCAAUGCCCUGACGGAGGCUGUCUCCACGGUCAAGUCGCGGAACAUCCUGUUCAAACAGGUGCAAUAUGGGUUCAUCCAUCCCAGCGCGUUCGUCAUCGCCCAGACCCUUGCCGACAUUCCGAUUGCAUUCUUCCAGUGUCUCCUGUUUGCCUGUUUGUAUUACUUCGAGAUUGGUCUCCAACAGACCGCGUCCACUUUCUGGAUUUUUGUCUUGCUUAUAUUCACCCAUUACGCGGCCGUUCAAAGCUUGUUCCGCAUGCUCGGCGCCUGGGUCCCCAAUAUCUCGCUGACGCUGAUGAUGGCCGGCAGCGCGAUCCCUGUUGGCCUGCUAUAUUCGGGUUUCGGUCCGACCCGGCCUACCCAGCGACGAUGGGGUUCGUGGCUGCGCCGCGCAUCGCCGUCGCCCUACGCGCUGGAAGCAUUACUGGCAAAUGAGUUGGAUGGAAUCACCUUGACCUGUGCCGCAAGCGAUAUGGUUCCGUCCGGGUCGAACUACACCCAGUUGCAGUACCAGACCUGCAGUAUCACCGGAAGUGUUAUGGGCCAGGAAUCCGUCCCUGGCUCGGUGUAUCUGGCAGACCACUUUGGCUACACGCGAAGCCACCUGUGGCGCAAUUUCGGCAUCGUCUUGGUUAUGUGGUUCCUCUAUGUGGUCUUGGGAUGCAUUGGGCUUACCAUUAUGACGCGCGAAUCGGGAGGAUCUCACGGUCGGAUUUUCAAACGGUUCAAGCAACGCGAUGAGGAGAACCAGCCCAAGUCCACGGCCAGCUCCUCGGGGUCCUCGGGGUCCUCGUCCGCCACGCAGUCGGUCACCGAGCCAGCCGCAUCCCAUGCACUGGAAAAGGUCGAAACUGACCCUCCAAGGAAAGUGGCUCGAACUUUCACCUUCAAGGAGGUCAGCUACUUUGUUCCAGUGGCAGGGAAGGAAAGACAGCUGCUCCGCGAUGUGAGCGGGUAUGCUCGCCCGGGGCAGUUGACAGCCCUAAUGGGGGCCUCCGGCGCCGGGAAGACAACGCUGCUGGAUACCCUCGCCCAACGCAAAAAUACGGGCCGGAUCACUGGCGCUAUGCGCCUCGGUGGAGCACCCCUGGACCCGUCUUUUGCGCGGUCUUGCGGAUUCGUCAUGCAGCAGGACGUGCACGAGCCCAAUGCCACGGUGCGGGAAGCCCUGCAGUUCUCCGCGCGCCUGCGCCAGCCCGCCGAAGUCGCGGAGGAGGAUAAGCUGGCCUACGUCGAGCACAUCAUCCACUUGCUGGAUCUCGAAGACAUUGCCGAUGCCCUCAUUGGCGAGCCCGGAGACGGCCAGCUCAGCGUCGAGGAACGUAAGCGCGUCACAAUUGGGGUGGAGCUGGCAGCGCGCCCCAGCUCGCUUUUGUUUCUGGAUGAGCCGACCUCCGGUCUGGACAGUCAAGCGGCCUUUGCGCUCGUGCAGUUCUUGCAGCGCAUUGCGGCAGAGGGGAUUCCCAUUGUCUGCACCAUUCACCAGCCAUCUGGGGUUCUCUUCGACAUGUUUGAUCAUGUCUUGCUCCUCGCGCCGGGGGGGCAGACCGUUUACUUUGGUGAAACCGGGGAGAACUCCUCCAAGGUUGUCGAGUAUUUCGGACGAUACGGUGCCACAAUAGAUAGCCAAGCCAACCCAGCGGAAUUUAUCCUCUCGACGGUGACCUCCAAAGGGGAGGGCUCGAAGGACUGGCCCGCCAUCUGGCGCGAGUCUCCGGAACGCAACGCCCUCGACGCGACCCUCGGCCAAUUGAACGCCGCCCCCACCACCACCAUGCCACCACAUCUUCCCAUCCACUCCUCUACCUCUACCUCCAGCCAAGCAGCAUACGCCCUAUCGCUCUGGUCACAAACCGUGUCCGUGACACAGCGCCACUGGCUCUCCGUAUGGCGCGACGGGAUGUACCUUUUCAGCAAGACGGCCAAAAGCCUCUUCGUCUCCCUCUUCAUCGCCUUCAGCUUCUUCCACGCCGGCUCCAGCCUGCAGGGCCUGCAGAACCAGAUGAUCGCCGUACUGCUCCUAUCAUGGAUCAUCCCAACGACCAGCGCCGACCUGCAGGACAUGUGGUUCCGAAAAUGGGCCAUCUUCACCGCGCGCGAGCAGAACGGGAUCUACGACUGGCGGGCGCUGGUGACCGCGCUCGUCGCCGUCGAGAUCCCCUGGCAGCUGGGGAUCUACACGGUGGUGUUUCUGGGCACGUACUGGACCGUGGGGUUCCCCGCGGGCGUCUCCGCCAUCGCAGGCCUCUACUACUUCACCUGGCUGCUGCUCGCCCUGUUCAGCAUCGGCUAUUCCCAGCUGCUGGCCGCCUGCUUCCCGGAUCCGACCCUGGCCGGCUACGCCAACUCCCUCAUCUGGGUCAUCCUGAUGGUCUGCUCCGGCGUCCUCACCCCCCACGCCUACAUGAACGACUUCUACCGCCCCUGGCUGUUCUGGGUCGACCCUAUGCGCUACUUCUUCGGCGCCACCGUCGGCGUCGUCCUGCAUGACGUCCCCGUGCACUGUGGCGUCUCGGAUCUCGUCCGCUUCGAGCCGCCUCCCGGCUUGACUUGCGGUCAGUAUGCUGGUCCCAGCGGCAGUGGUGGGGGACGGUUGUAUCUGGAUCAGAACCCUGGGUAUCUGGUUAACCCCAAUGCCACCGCGGACUGCGGCUAUUGUCCGUAUAUGGUGGGAGACGACUAUCUGGCGACGUUGGAGUAUGGAUACGACCAGCGAUGGUGGAACUGGGCCGCGUUUCUGGGGUUCUGCUGCUCCAAUUUCGUGCUGUUGUAUGGUGUGGUCUGGCUUACCAAGGGACGGGGACAAAGACGGACGACAAAGGGAUAGAGAUUUACAGGGCGGGGGACUUGCUCGAUAGAUCAUUGGGCGGGGAGGAGAGAGUCCAACCUCAUUCAUUUGUGACUUUGGCUUGUUUAUGCUCUGGUUUCUUUUGUCUUGGCUUGUGUUGGAACCCGCAUAUAGACACGGGGCGCAUUGCUGUAGGGUAUAAAGACUUUCAAUACCGUUGCUCAUUGCAUUGGCUGCAUGUGGUGGCCAUGUUGCUGUACAGUACUG